AAGAGACCGGCACUGUGAUGAAUGAAACGGAGCUGCAAACUGUCGAUGAGUCCACAGAACAAGAAACGAAAAUUCUUAUGAUUGAGAACGUUCAAGAUAAGCCACUUGAUGGAAAAAUACGACGUUUGGAUAUAGAGUUUCAUGCUGAGAUAGAUAAGUUACAUAAGUUUGAAAAGGAGGAGAAGCUGAAACUAAAACUUGAGAUGGCUGAGGCACAGCAGAAGAGGCAGAUGGAAACUAAAGAGCUAAAAUUGAAAAUAAAAUUUCUGGAAAAGGAGGCCAAGCGUGAAAAGCAGGAGAAAAAACAGAAGCUAAAGGGUGUGGAAAAGGAAGUUAAGAAUGAAAAAGCAAUGCUUCUCCUUACGCUGAAGGAGCUAAAAAAGAAAGAGAAGAUGAAGAGAAAGGAGGAGUGUAAUGAGGACAAGAUGGAACAGCACAGGAACGAUGACGAGAAAGUGGAUGACGUGCAAAACAAAAAUGUCUUACAAAUAUUUAAAAAGGUUGGAUUUAGGAGUUGUAAGGCAGUGUAACGAAACGCUUUGAAGAUCGAUCGGCAGACAUUCAGCCAGACAGACAUGCACUGAUAAAGCUCAAUAAAAGCAAUGCAUUAAAAAA